UCUCAUUACUCUUCGCCAACACCUAGUUGCCUGCAGUCGCUUGAUGAACGUGGGUGUGGGGAUUGUUGUCGAUGACGUGCCGGAUGUUGCAAUGGAGGUGGAAGUCGACCCGGGACUGGUACUCGAUCUGGAAUCUGUUCCAGAUUUGGUGGCUGCUCCGGAAGUUGCGCGCUUAAGAUCACGCUCACGCUCCCCCACGCCCGCUGUCUUGUGUGGCGUUUGUCGAGAGAAAGUGCCCAGUCACGUGUUGUUGCGUUGCGGGCACGCUCUUUGCGGCAUCUGCCUUGGCCAGUUGGAGCGGCAUCAAGACGACCGAUGCCCAUUUUGCCGGGCAUUUAUUGAGAUGUCCUUUGUAUUUAAAUAUUUAGUUGGUGUCUUGGUGCCUAUUCAACUUUCCCUGUGGCUGAAAAUUCUAGCUGAGCAACAACCACCAACAGGCGCUGCAGCUGGUAUUUCCCAUAUAGUACCGGGCCACGUCGUAUAUCACUGAUAUUUUAUUGCACGCACCUUUGCCAGACAUGUUCUCGUCAACACAGCCUGCUAUACCUAAAUACAUACUAAAUUGUUCCCUUUAUGUUUAAUUUAAGAAACUAUUGAUCUACAAUAAUGAUGUUGCUUACAGCACAGUACAGAUAAAUAACUUGUUAUGUUGUGUGAUCAUUACCUUAUUACCUAGAACAUACUAUAUCCUAUACCAUACUUUUUAAUAAACCAAGCGUAAAAACAGAUGAAUCACAAUCAUUGUGAGAUCAAAGCUAAUAAUCACUAUCUACUGU